AUGGAGGGCCAAGACAUCACGCUCGGCAACACGUUUGAGCAAACUAAAGGCAUUUACGAUCGAGUCCGCACUACGACUAGCAAGCGACAGCCGACUGAAGAAGCGCUUCGCCAGUGUAUGCGCGAGAUAGUCGCCGCACUAAAGAAACUUGGACGUCAAUACUACUUCUUCGGAGUGGUAUCGUGUCAGCUCCUGACGACGAUCCCUCGAACCACCGCAGACGUAGAUCUUGUUAUCGAAAAUUCCUCAAACACAUUGCCGAACCCUCGCGACUGGCUCGCUGAUGAGCCGUUCUUCUGGAGCAAGAGACAUUCACAAUACGUCUGGACCACAACGCUGGAAGAAGAUGACGAAGAAGACAAGAUCCUGUAUCAGGGUCGCUGUUUCGUCGAGAUUGACAUCAACGUUGCCGGAUGGGGCAGCUUCCCUCGCUUUGAGACAAUUCGUGAUGUACUGGUUCAGUUGCCAGGAGGCUAUGGGCUCUCGCUGCCGCGGAACGAGCUAUUAAAGCUGAAGUUGGCGGGCUGGGCUGAGAAGUCUCGCCGCGAGGGUCCAAAGAAACACAACGACAAGUUGGACAUAGUUGCAUUGCGAACAAUCAUGGAUGUUGAAGAGGAAAGUCUGGACCUAGAUAGUAUGACCGCCAAUAUGAAGGAAGGCUUGAAGUUCUGGCUACAGGAAAUGACUGAUGAUGCCGAGUGGUGA